GGAGGAGGCAGCAGCCGCCGUUGCUCGUGGUCGCGCAGUUCGUGCAGCCACUGCCGGGCCCGCUGCCGCGCCAUGGCCGAUCAACUGACUGAAGAACAGAUUGCUGAGUUCAAGGAAGCCUUUUCCCUAUUUGACAAAGAUGGUGAUGGUACUAUCACAACAAAAGAACUGGGAACUGUCAUGAGGUCAUUGGGUCAAAAUCCAACAGAAGCAGAAUUGCAGGAUAUGAUCAACGAGGUAGAUGCUGAUGGCAAUGGCACUAUCGACUUCCCUGAAUUUUUAACUAUGAUGGCCAGAAAAAUGAAGGACAUAGACAGCAAGGAGGAAAUCCAUGAGGCAUUCCAAGUCUUUGACAAGGAUGGCAACGGCUAUAUCAGUGUAGCAGAACUACGUCACGUUAUGACAAACUUAGGAGAAAAGCUAACAGAUGAAGAAGUAGAUGAAAUGAUCAGAGAAGCAGACAUUGAUGGCGAUGGGCAGGUCAACUAUGAAGAAUUCGUACAGAUGAUGACUGCAAAGUGAAGAGACUCCUUUACACCUUUUUUCCUCUAGAAGAAUCAAAUUGAAUCUUUUACUUACCUCUUGCAAAAAAAAAAUUGUUCAUUUAUUCAUUCUGUUUCUGUAUAGCAAAACUGAAUGUCAAAAUACCUUCUGUCCACAAACUGCAUGUAAUGGUUGGUGGUCCUGUCCCCAAAAGAUAAAAUUUAAACAUCAGUUUUACAAUAUAAAUAAUUGUACUACCUUGAAAAUAAAAAAAAAAAGGAAGCACUUAGUGAACUCAAAAGUUCCAUUUGCUAAUGACUAUUACACUGUUUGGGCUGGCCAGUUUUUCAUGCAUGCAGCUUGACAAUUGAGCACAGUCAGACAUUUGUAUUAAAAGGAAAAAAAAACCAACCUAAAGGAUCCACUCUUUUGUUCAAUGGUGGAUUCUAGUUCAAUUUGUAGUAUAAAUUGUCAUAGCUGGUUUACUUUAAAAUUGGUUUAUACCUCAGGAUGGUAUGCAGCAAAAUGGUUGAAGGAUGCAAAACUUAGAGAAAAUGCCCUAAAGGUUGAAUGGUUCUCCUGUCCGUAGCAGUGUGCUCCAAAAAUACAAUGAUCUUAACUAUGGAUGGCAUGUCUGUGUUAAAGUACUGGUUUAACAUUGUCUGCAUUGCACUAUAGUGAAACGGGUGUCGGGCUGUUACCGUUCACAAAAUUUUUAAAAGAAACCUUCACCAAGGGAGCAUCUUUGGACUCUCAUAUUUUUAAAACCUUCUGUACCAUGACUUGGAGCUGGCGGAGUAGCCUGUGGACUUCAGCACAACUAUCAA